GUUUUCGCGCCUGGUGGCCUCUCCGUAAGGUCACGCACCCGGCCGAUCCGGCUACCUGCCCGGUCUCCCCUCCUUCCUUGGCUUUGGCCCAGGCUCUCCUUGACUCCUUUCAGCGCAAUGUCACGCAGUUUGAAAGAGAUCUCCGGAAAACACGGCGGGAGACGGCUGCUGCACGGAGGGCCUCGGACCCCUCCGUUAUCUUUCGUGACCUCAAGAAGAUACCAGCCCAGCCUGUGGACACUUUGGUGCUCAAAACCGUGGCGGUCGUCUCGGAGGUGUGCCAAGAUGACUCCCACCUCAAGCUUCGGUCUGAUGUCUCCUGGCGCCCGGAGCAGGGUUUCUUUCUCAAUGGCCACCCGCUGGAAGUCUUCCAUUGUGAGCCCGAUGUCGUGUGGGCCUCGACCGAGGGCGUUGCACCUGGGGAUGUAAUCAGCCAGGAACGUCCACUGGCUUCUCUUCAUGAGGUCUUCCAGGCCUUUGCGGAUGAAUGGCAGACGCGUUGGCUUAAGCAUGAGAAUGUUGACCCUGAUGUGUGGCGGGCCCUCACUGACUCAGUCGGUGUGCCGGCGCUGCGGCCUUACCCUUGGCAACCGAUCUCAGUUGAGGAGUGGACCCGGGCGGUUAAGGCCAAGCACUCCAAGUCUGCCACUGGCCCUGAUGGUGUGUCAAGGAUUGACUUGAUUGCCCUCACCCCUCCCUUCGUUGAACGGCUCCUGCGUAUCGCCCAUGACCUUGGCCGGCCUCUGGUGGGCGCGCUGUUUGACUUAUCCAAAGCCUUUAACACGUUGCCACGCACACCUGUCUUUGCCCUGGCACUGAAGCUUGGCUUCCCGCCAGCUCUGGUCCGUGCGUGGAGUGGCGCGGUCACGCGCAUUGCCCGGCGGUUUAAGGUCCGUGGUGCAACAGGCCCUCCCAUCCUUUCCGUGACUGGCUUCCCCGAAGGCUGCGCCAUGUCUUGUGUUGCGAUGGCACUCGUUGACCUGGCCCUCCAUUGGCAUGUUGCGAAAGCUGAUCUUCGGCAUUGCCUUACCUCUUUUGUGGACGAUUGGCAAGUGCGUGAACACUCGCCUGAGCGUGUCCAGUUGGCUGUCCGGAUGGUCAAUGAGUUUGUGCGUGGCUGGGAUCUGACGAUGGAUCCUCGCAAAACCGUCUUUUGGGCGACCCAAGCUGGCCACCGCCGUCAACUCCGUCGCCAGGGAUUACCCGUUGAGUCCUCUGUGCGGAAUGUGGGUGGCCAUGUUAGCUUCAAUCGUCGUUGCACCAAUGCUACGGUACAGAACCGUCUUGAAGCGAUGCAUGAGCUGUGGCCAAGGCUGGCCGCUUCUUGUGCGCCUCGCAACCAGAAGAUCAAGGCCCUCAAGGUCUCGGCCUGGCCGGCGGCUCUUCAUGGUGUCUCGGGGGUGUGCCUGGGCCUUGCACGCUUUGCUGCCCUCCGUUCCUGUGCUAUGCAGGGCCUGCGACUGGACCGCCCCGGCCUGAAUCCGAUGCUCUACCUGGGCAUGGUGGAAUUCCCGCUUGCUGAUCCACACUUCUUUGCGAUUUGGAGCACUUUUCGCGACCUGCGGGCCCAUGCUGUGCGUGACACCUUUGUCCCGCUUUUGGCGUCCCUCUUGGAUCGGAAUGGGUCCCGCGCCCCAGGACCUGCGGGUGUUUUCCUGGAACGGGAGCUCCUGUCCCGUCUUGUCUUUGCUUGGCAGUGUGCUGUAGGUGCGGCGUUGGAGAGCCGUGAUGGCUUUCAGGGGAUUAGUCAGGCGGACCCUGCUGAGACACGUCGUCUGCAAGCAAGCUUUACACCGGAGGACCGGCUCAACAUUGCGCUUGGCCUCAGUGGUGCUUUCUACACUCAGGAUGCCCUGCAUCACUUCUCGGAUAACCCUGAUGAUGAUCGCUCCUGCCGUUUCUGUGGACAGCCUGAUAGUGUGCGGCACCGUGUGUGGUAUUGCAGUCACUUCCGUCAGCGGUGUGGCCACGCCCCCUCCUACCCGGAUGCUGAUGUGGCCACUCUACCGCCUGCUCAGUCGCUACAUGGAUGGGCCAUGCGGCCGCGUGGAUUGGUGCAACUCUGGCGAUCAUUGGCGGCUUUGCCUGAUUAUUCGGACCGGAUCCUGUGUACGUGCCCCGUGGGCUCUGACUUGGAUCUCUUCACGGAUGGCUCGUGCAAGAACCCGGCGGUGCCUAACAUCCGGCUUGCUUCUUGGGCGGUGAUCAUUGCCGCUGCCCCGGGGGUUGAGCCUGUCACGGCUGCGGGUGCGGCCCUACAUGGCGUGGUGCAAACUGCGUUUCGUGCGGAAAUCACGGCGGUCAUUGCGGCUUUUCAGUGUAUGCUACAGUGGGGGCGACCGGCCCGUAUUUGGUCUGACUGCGCUGGUGUCGUGCGUGGAGUGCGGAGAAUACAGGACGGCACUUUUCGGCGCUCCCCGUCAAUGCUGAACUCUGACCUUUGGUGUACUUUGUGUACGUUGGCGGAGCGCGUGCCGCCAGGGUGGACCAUACACAAGGUUGCUGCCCAUGUGGGAAAUACAAAUCAUACGUCGCUUCUGGAGGAGUGGGCUUACUGGAACAAUGAGGCUGCGGAUCGAGAGGCCCUGCGGACAAACCUGGACCGGCCGGCAUGCUUUUGGCGACUGUGGGGUGAUGUCUGCCGGGAUCAGGCCUUACAGACCUUGCGCGGGCGGGCUGUGUUGCAACGCUUGCGCGAUGUCGCAAGG